AUGGAUAGUGAUAAAAUGGAAAUCGAUGAGGUGGGUGAUUCUACAAUUGAAGAAUUCACCCAAGAUCAAUCUGUCCAAGCCAUCUUAGAUGUCUUAGAAUUAAUUGCUAAGACUACGACCACUCUGGACACUCGUUACAUAUGGAGAGGUUUAAAGGAAUUGAGUCCUUUAAGAAAAUCGCAUUUAAAUCAGUCCACACUUUCUGCUUUAAUACACGUCUUAUAUCCUGAUACUUCAUCUUUUAAAAUUCCCUUAUUAACUGCGGUUAAUGAAAAUAUUAAAACUUCUGUCAACGAUUCUGAUAAAACAAGAGAAUCAUAUCCUGCAGCUUUUUAUCAAGUUAUCAAUAAUAAAACAAUCGAAGUUUCAUCUGAAAUCAACAGUUUCAUCCAUUUAUUAGUUCAAGUUUAUUUGUUAGACUCCAAAAAAUUUGAGACUUUGAGUAAAUUUAACAAGAAUGAUGUGUUACCAAAUGUAUUAAAUUUCUAUAAUCAAAGAUCUUUGGAUUUGAUUAAUGCCAAAUUAUGGUUUUAUAUAGUGAUAUGUGAUGAAUCUAUACCAAAACAAUUCAAUGAUAACUCAAUAUCGUUUAGCAUGACUAAGUAUUUAAAGACUGCCUCAUUGAAACAUGAUAAUGAAACACGCGCAAUGCUAAUUAAUCUGAUCUUAAGAAAUUAUUUAAAAUCUGGUGAAGUGGAGUCUGCAGCUGAUUUUGUCUCUAAAGUCGAUUAUCCAACUAAUGAUGUUUCAAGUCCUUUAGAAGCUCGUUAUUAUUUCUAUUUAUCUAAAAUCUACGCAAUUCAGUUAGAUUAUUCAAGCGCAAAUGAAUACAUUAUUGCUGCAGGUAGAAAAGCUCCAAACAAUUCCAAAAGUUUAGGAUUUUUACAACAAGUCAAUAAAUUACGUUGUUGCAUAGAUUUACUGAUGGGUGAUAUCCCUGAAUUAUCUUUCUUUAAUCAAAUGAGCAUGCAAAAAUCUUUAACUCCUUAUUAUCAUAUCUCUAAAGCUGUUAAAUUGGGUGAUUUGAAAAAAUUUACAUCAACUAUCGCAACUUAUAAACAACAAUUGAUUAAAGAUGGUAAUUAUCAACUCUGUGUUAGAUUAAGAUCAAAUGUUAUUAAAACUGGUAUUAGAAUUAUAUCGUUAACUUAUAAAAAAAUUUCACUAAAGGAUAUUUGUAUUAAAUUAAAUUUAGACUCCGAACAAACUGUAGAAUACAUGAUCUCCCGUGCCAUUAGAGAUGGUGUUCUGGAAGCUAAAAUUAACCACAAACUAGGCUAUAUUGAAACUACCGAAUUACUAAAUGUUUAUGGUACUAAUGAACCACAAGAUGCAUUCGAUGAAAGAAUAAAAUUCGUUAAUCAGUUACAUGAUGAAUCUCUAUUAGCGAUGAGAUAUCCAGCCAGUAAAAAGACAAAUAAGGACAAAGAUAAUAAUGAAUUAUUGGAUGAUGAACUCUUAGAUGGUUUAUCUGACUUUUCUGAUUUAGAAGAUUUAGGUUUCCUAUAG